GCGACAGACAGAUCCGCAUUACGGCUGCUGCUGUUGUCAUAACAAGCAGUUGGCUAACGCUAAUGUUUGCUAACUAGCAAGACAGGUGUUGGUGUUGCGUGUGAGUGUUCCAGUCUGUACCAUGGAACAGUGUGCUUGUGUGGAGCGGGAGCUGGAGAAGGUGCUCCAUCGUUUUGUGAUGUAUGGCCACCAGUCCGAGGAGAGGCUCGAUGAGCUCCUGCGUAGUGUCUGUGAGAUUCGAGGACAACUUGUAGCAUUUGGAGUUCAAGAUGCAGACUUGUCAGUCUUAUCUCAGGCUAUGUCACAGUGUUGUAAGAAUAUUAAAGAGACUGUUCAGAUGUUAGCCUCCCGGCACAAGGACAUCCAUGGCAGUGUGUCAAAAGUGGGCAAAGCCAUUGAUAGGAAUUUUGAUGCAGAAAUCAGUGCUGUGGUGGCGGAGACCGUGUGGGACACCCCGGAGAGACAGAAAUACUUGAGUGAAACCAUUGUGGAGCAUCUGUACAGACAAGGGAUGCUCAGUGUAGCAGAGGAUUUGUGUCAGGAGUCUGGAGUUGUUAUUGAUAUGAGCAUGAAGCAGCCUUUCUUGGAGUUGAAUAGGAUCCUUGAAGCUCUGAGGAUGCAAGACCUCAGGCCGGCACUAGAAUGGGCUGUGACGAAUCGGCAGCGUCUUCUGGACUUGAACAGCAGUUUAGAAUUCAAGUUGCACCGCUUAUAUUUCAUCAGCCUGCUAAGUGGAGGAAUCAGCAACCAGAUGGAGGCACUGCAGUACGCCAGGCACUUCCAGCCAUUUGCAGCUCAGCACCAGAGAGAUAUCCAGAUCCUGAUGGGCAGUCUGGUUUACCUGCGUCACGGCAUUGAGAAUUCUCCUUACCGCAGUCUGCUGGAGACAAAUCAGUGGGCUGAGAUUUGCAACAUCUUCACCAGGGAUGCCUGUGCUUUACUGGGCCUCUCUGUAGAGUCUCCACUCAGUGUCAGUUUUGCGUCGGGCUGCAUGGCCUUGCCAGUGCUGAUGAACAUUAAGCAGGUGAUAGAGCAGAGACAGUGCAGUGGUGUGUGGACACACAAGGACGAGCUGCCUAUUGAGAUCGACCUUGGAAAGAAGUGCUGGUACCACUCUGUGUUCGCCUGCCCUAUCCUCCGACAACAGACGUCAGAGAGCAACCCGCCCAUGAAGCUCAUCUGUGGACACGUAAUCUCCAGAGAUGCUCUCAACAAACUUACCAACGCUGGAAAGUUGAAAUGUCCAUACUGCCCCAUGGAACAGAACCCGUCACAUGCCAAGCAGAUCUACUUUUGAUAGCUUCCCGUCUCCUCAUGCAUAAAGAUCCAUUUCCCUGGAGUUCCAGUAUUUCCAGGACUGUUUGCUCCGGCCCCACCCCGCUGUCCGUGACCCUUGACCUGUUGUUAUAGGCAUUAAGGUUUUACUUCAGUGCUCCUCUGGACUGCUUUGGUCUCCCCAAGCCCACCUUUGACCUUCCACGUUUGUGCAGUGUACAGUCCAGUGGGGAGGGUCCCAGCUACAACCUGUAGUAGAGUAAAGUCGAAGAAGCACCUCUGUAUGGGGAUCAUUUAUUAAAACUUCUUUGCAAAUGCCCGCAGAGUUAUUAGCUUUUUAUAAUAUGUACUCCUCUACAGUGUUUGUGUUCUCAGCUUUAUUGGCCAUUUGAGUUGGCUGCUUCUAUUUUUUUUUUUUUUUUUCUUUUCCCAGUUUUUUCAGAAGCAGUUCAAUGAUUAUGGGCGGGCAUAUGGUGUGGGAAUACGGUGUGGCAUAGUUUAUGAAUUUGAGAUGGUGAUAAACACCUGAGAGGGUAUAAAAAAGUGUUGGUUUAUUAUUUGCUGGUGAAGGUUUGUUUUGAUUUCUCCAUGAUGUAAUAAAGGACACACUUAGCUUCAAAGUGACUUUUGGCUGAUGUAAGCCUUUGAUCACCAGUUCAAUGAGCUCAUUAAAACGUUAAUGGUGGAACAGCCCCCCACCACCUUUUUUUUUAAGAUGGAGUACACCAGCAAGGUUUUCUCAUUAUAGAAGUUUAAAGUUUGUCUUGUUCUGUAUGUAUUCAACAAAUAUGAAGAGAAAAAAAAAACACCUGACUGUGAAUUGUGCUUUGUUUUUAUUUUUCAUCGAGUCAGCCUAAGUGGCUCAUGUAAAAUAGUAAACUGAACAAAACCACACGUAACCAACACUACUGUCAAAACUGCGUCACGUGGCCGCACGCCGCCCUGUAGCGCAUGGUCUGAGCUCACACCCGUGUGAUUUGUAUUUGUAUUGUGGUGCGUUCUGUCGCCGUGUGGUCUGGCUUGCAGUGAUCUUGUGAUUCCGCUAUGGAGAUGUCCUCUGAUCAUUGUGGCUGUCGCUCUUGCCUCCGCUGCAGGUUUGACAUUUGUCAGAGAUGGAGUCAGUAGAAAUCCUUACAUUUCCUCAGGGUCUGGCAUUGACGUUAAACACCACACUUAACAGUUACUAUAAGUGUAGAUUGAUACAAGAGAUGUUGACACAAAUAGUUGCACAUAUUGUAAUGAUCAGGACUGAUAGUUCAGGUGUUCAGCUUUUGUAUAUAUCUAUACUAUUCAGCUGGUGUCAGCACAUUGUUGGGGGAUGCCUGUGAGAAGGCAUCCGGAUGUACAAUAUACAGUAUGUAGAAGCUUGAUGCUAAUAGUGCAAGUUCCUGGUGUCGUCUUGAAAAUGUCACCUCAGCGGUGAGGCUAAUUUGUUUAGCAAGCACUGCACCAGCAUAGCUCACACUGAUGAUGCAAUGUUACACUGAGUUGAAGAUAAAACAUUUAAGUUGAAAUGGCUUAUGAGUAUAAUUCCACUGACUUAAGUUUCCUUCCUUUGGUUGACAAUCAUAUAUAUAUAUAUUUUUUUGUACUGUUUUUCAGAUAGACAAUAGACUUCUGUCAUUUUGUUGAAUGUGCAUUUUCUGCGUUUGGGUGUUAUGCAACUUUUAUUGUAAAUAUUUAUUCCUAAAAUGUUUCAUAUACUUGCAUCUGAAGUUAAAAUAAAAAUUUAUACUCAA